AUACUGAAGAACUAUCUAUUUUACCUAAUCAUGAACUUAUCGAAGAUGCAUGUCAAGAUCGAAAUCCUGUUUAUAUUAAACUACAAGUACCUGAAAUUACUGCCGAUAUUAAUGAACAAAGUUUAGUUUCUUUAAUUUCGGGCGAAAUAUCAUUACCAUGGUUACUUGGCUUUACUAAUACUGAAAACAUUCAAUUUUUACGUGGAUAUAUUGGAAGCUAUUUUACAACCAUUUUUAAUAUAGAAAAACAAUUUUAUCAAGAAGAAAAAGAGAUAACACGAUUAAUAAAUCUGGGAAAACGAGUAGCUAAUUCUAAUAAUUAUGAUCAACAAAGUUUUAAAAAAAGGGCGACUCAGUUAAAAAAUAAAAAUUGGAAAAGUAUGCAACAAAUUAUUCACGUUUUAACUUUACAAGAGCUGUUAGAAAAAGAAUCUGAUUCAUCAAGUAGCGACGAUGAAAUUCAAGAACCUAGAACAAGAGACCAAAAAUUUCAAGAAUUAAUGCAAUCUCUUAUCUCUAAAGGAAGAUUAGGAUUAUCAGUAAAAAUUAUAAUUACCUGUCAUCGAUAUCAAACAAAAACUUUUUAUGGAAAUGAAAAAUAUGGAAUCGAAUUUUCAGACUUAGUAGCAGCCGUAGGAUUAGCUGGUGGUAAUAAUCAUGAAGAGUGGUCAACAAUGUUCGUUUAUGCUGCUGUUGCACGAAAGCAAAACCCUGAUACUAUAUCACCAACCGACGAUGAUCUAUAUGUAAUGCAAAGUGAAAUAUGUGUGGACCAUCUCCUUGAUAAUCAUAAUAAGUGCUGGGCCGAAAUUUGCUUGAAGGUUCAAAAUCCUAAACUUUUCUUAGCAAAUCCUAAUUUAAUCAGAUAUACUGAAAGUCAAGCAAAUGCUCUUAAAGAAUUUUUAAAAAAACAUACUAAACUUCUACCAAAACAAAGUUUAAUAACGACUAUACGAACCAGUAUGAAUGAAGUAUUUAACCAUGUGAAAUUAAACUAUGCUGAUAAAAAAGUUGAUUUUGCAAAGUCUUUUUCUGCUCGGCAUGGGCUUGCAGUUUUGCAUAAUAAUAAUGGCCUUUUAGAAAUGCUAGAAGUUGUCAGACGGGCAAGAAAUCUUUCAGAAUUUUCUAAAGAAGAUCAAGUUAAUAUUGGAAGAAUCUGGAAACAAAGAGAAGACAAAAGUAAAUGUAAUAUUGCAGAAAUUAAUAAAAGAAAUGUUCUACGAGCUAAAAAAAUUGAAGAAACACGAAAACAAAUAGAAGAAUUUGAUUUUUCAAAGAAUUUGAUACCUUAUAGAAUUAAAAUUAAAGAUAAUAUAAUAAAUCAAGAAUUUCGACCUUCUUUUGCAAACUUAAUACCUGACUUUGAUGGUUUUAUUCUUUGUGAAGGAUAUAAAUAUUUUCCAAAACAAUCUCUAAAAGGAUUAUGUCGUUUAUGUUAUUUCUAUAAUGAAUACAGAUUAUCUUCUUAUAUUAUAAAUUCAAAGUUCCAUAAAAUUGACGAAGAUCUAACAAUAAUGCCCACAGAGUUAAUUAAUUCUAUAAUCACUAAUUUUUUUAAAUUUGAUAGUUAUCGAGAAUUUCAACGAGAAAGUAUAGAAUCAUUUCUUAAAAAACAGGAUACUUUAACAAUUUUGCCGACAGGAACUGGAAAAACUCUUAUUUUUUCUGCUACGAGUAUAUUAACAAAGGCUCUAACAAUUGUUUUUACACCUUUAAAAGCAAUAAUAGAAUGUCAGUUACGUGAACUAGUAGAAAUGGGUGUUCCUGCUGCUAAAAUAUAUGCUGCUCAGAUCAACCCUUGGAAGAACAAGAAAAAAUUUUUGGCGAAACCUGCGUGGACCAAAUUGGAACAAAUAAAAGAUAAGUUUCCCCUUUUGCCAAUUCUAUUAUUAACUGCAACUUGCUCUUAUGAAGGAGCAUCAAAACUUGCUAUAAUUUUAAAAAGACCUAAUUUGAAAGAUAUAAUAGAAAUAGUAUAUAAAAAUAUAAGACAGAACAAUAAAGGUCGAGCAAUUAUAUAUACAUCAACUCCUAAUAAAUGCAUAGAAAUUUUUAACGGUCUUAAAGAAUAUGUGGAUUCUAAUAAUCUUGUUGCUACAAAUGCUUUUGGUAUGGAAGUUCAUAUAUCAGAUGUUCGAAUUAUUAUUCAUACUACUUUUCUAUUAUCAACAAUGAAUUUUGUACAAGAAGUUGGACGAGCUGGUAGAGAUGGACAACAAGCUAAAAGUAUAGUUUUGUAUUCACGUUCUGAUAUUCGUGAGUUGUUAUUGAUUGUUGGUGAAAAAAUUGAAAAUACUGAUGAAACACAAACAGUUCAAUAUAACUACUUGGAAAAAAUGAAAAAAAAUAUAUUCGUAAUGGCUUAUACCUUUGAAGAUUCUUACCAAUGUUAUCGAAAAAUGGCAUAUGAACCAUUUAGAUGGCCUGAAGAUCCCGAAAUUUCUGAAUGUGGUAUUUGUGAUAAUUGUAAAAGAUGCAUUGUCAAUGAGAUUAUUUGGCGUGAUAUUAGUAAAGAUUUAAUUCAGAUUUUAGAUACGGUGGAUAAGCUAUUAAAAUUCUCAAAUGAUCUGACAACACAAUUAGUAAAUUUUGGACGUGAUGAUAUUGAAAACGAUACUGACAAGGUUAAAUAUGAUAUUAUUCAAACUAGGAAUAUAUGUUUGCAUGCUAUAGAUCGGCUUUGUGUAGAGGAAUUAUUAGUUCAAAAUGUAGUAAUUAAACCAAUACGGCCAGGUUCCUCAACGGUGAUUUAUAGCUCUCAUAUUUCUGGAAUUGCACCAGACGCAAGACAAAAAAUACUUGAAAAUUCGUGGUUAGAAGCAUUUAUACCAUGUUAG